UCUGACCAGGACCACAAGAAAAUGGCUGCCCUCUUGAAUUGCUGCAACAUUACUCCUGAGCUCUGCAUUACAUGUAUGUGACAGGUAACACGGAGCCGCAGCCCCGGGCUGAGGGGCUUCCCCAGGGUAACAGCUGAGGCGUCGCUCCAUCUCUGUCCCUUACUAGCGUAGUGAAGCUCUGGGCAACAACAAAAUGUCCGACACCGCCCUACACAGGCGUUAGUAAGCUGCGUAAAGCUUACGCUUUUCCCUCUAGCGCCUGCCCCAUAAGCAGAGAGAGGGAACUGGCCAACCAGCGGUAGAGGGCGUGGCCUGACGCUUGGUGGUUGGCAUUGGCUGGCAGUGACUCCGGAAGCAGGGAAAGGAUCAGCCAGUGAGCUCAGAAAGAAGUUAUUUACUAAACAUUUAAUGGAUGCUCCAAGGAUGGAGAAGGACAGGAGUCACAUGACGGAGAUGAUAUUAAAUAUCACCUUGGAGAUCAUCUACCUGCUGAACGGAGAGGAUUAUACAGUAGUGAAUAAGACAUCCAGGGACCACGUGACACCUAGCAGCCGCCCUCGUAUGUCAGAAGGAUCGGGCAGACCCCAGCGCCCCAUCACAGUGCCUCCACCACACUCAUUGAUACAUGAGAGGCACAAUGACGUGAAGAUUCUGGAACUCACUAACAGAAUCAUUCACCUACUGACUGGAGAAGUUUGGAAGUACUUGGGGCAUGUAACUCUGUACGAUUAUAUGAUGAUGGAGAGCUACCAGUCUAUCAGAUUGCGUGUUUUACCUAAAGAUCCGGCCACUGAAAAUCCAUCUACUCAUAGGAAGGAGGAAUCUGGAACUCGUACGGAGACUGACAUUCAUACAUCUGCAUGUUGUACACCAUAUCCCUCUACUCUUAUCAAGGAGAAAUCUCUCCCAUGUAAAGGAGGAGACCUCACACACGCUGAGAUGUAUGUACCCACGGAUGGUACAGAGUAUAUGUCUACUCGUAUUAAGGAGGAACCAGUCUCAUGUGAUGAAGGAGACCUCACACACUCUGACAUUUAUUCAACUCGAGUUCAUACUCUAUAUCCGUCUACUGAUAUUCUGGAAAAAUCAGUCUCCGAUGAAGAAGAAGAUGUCAGUGACACCACCAUUUGUACACCCACAGAUAAUUCACAGAGUACAUCUACACAUAUUAAGGACUAUUCGACCAUACAUGACAGUGGAAACCUCACAGUCACUGAUAAUUAUACACCCACAGAUCAUACACAGUAUAUGUCUACUCAUAAUAAGGUGGCAUCAGCCUCAUGUAAUGGAGGAGACCUCACACACACUGAUAAUUAUACUCCUACAUAUCAUACACAGUAUACAUCUACUCAUAGUAAGGAGGAACCAGUCUCAUGUGAUGGAGAAGACCUCACACACACUGACCUGUAUACACCCACAGGUCAUACACAAUAUACAUCUACUCCUAGUAAGGAGGAACCAGUCUCAUGUGAUGGAGAAGGAAUCACACACACUAAUACUCCCACAUAUACACAUUAUACAUCUACUCAUAGUAAGAAGGAACCAGUCUCAUGUGAUGGAGGAGACCUCACACACUCUUAUAAUUAUACACCCACAUAUCAUACACAGUAUACAUCUCAUAUUAAGGAGGAUUCGGUCAUACGUGAUAGAGGAGACCUCCCAGACAACGACGUCAAUACCCCCACAUAUCAUACUCCGUAUAUUUCCACUCGUAUAAAGGAGGAACCCGUCUCAAGCGAAGAAGGAGACCUCUCCGACACUGACAUAUGUGUUAUUACAGAUCAUAUGCCAUAUACAACUACUCAUAUUAAAGAGGAAUCGGUCCCAUGUGACGGAGGAAAUUGCCAACCCACCGCCAUUUAUACACCCAAAGAUCAUACACCGUAUACAUCUUCGAACAUGGACGAAGCAGGCUCAUUGGAAACUUUGGGACUGAAAUGGACGUGUUGUGAAUGUGGGGCGCAUUUCCCCGAUAAAACGAAGCUGGAUUUUCACCACCGACUCCACGCAGCAGACAACCGUUAUUUGUGCCCUGUGUGCGGCAGUGACUUUGAUACCGAAGCUGAUCUCUUCACCCAUCAGGCAGCAUUUCACGCCGCUUCUUUCUCCAUCGCUGAGGAUUGUUUUGACGCCAUCCCAAGCCGGUCGAAACAUCAGCCAGCUCACAGAAGAGAGGGCUUAUUUCCCUAUUCCGACUGGGAGAAAUGUCCCACUUGGGAACCGGAACCGGUAAACCGCCGGCGGGUGGGAGACAAGCGGUACGUUUGCUCUGAGUGUGGGAAAUGUUUCAACAGUAAGUCAGAGCUUGUCAUCCAUCGGAGAACGCACACCGGGGAAAGGCCCUACCCCUGCUCUGAGUGCGGCAAACGCUUCCGGAGCAGCUCCCACCUCGUUUCCCACCAGAGAAUCCACACCGGGGAGAAACCCUACAGUUGCUUGGAGUGCGAUAAAAGUUUCACCUGUCACUCCCACCUCGUCACACACCACAGAAUCCACACGGGCGAGAGACCUUACUUCUGCACUGAGUGUGGCAAGUGCUUCAUCAGUAACUCCAACCUGGCCAGGCACCAGAGGAGCCACACCGGGGAGAAGCCCUACGCCUGCCUGGAAUGCGGGAAGGGUUACAGCGGGAAGACUGACCUCAUUCGGCACCAAAGGGGGCACACGGGAGAGAAGCCCUUCGCUUGCUCCGAGUGUGGGAAGUGUUUUGUGAUCAAGGGUGAUCUUAAUGCCCACGUGAAAUGCCACAGAUAAGCAACGUCUUGGCAUGAAUCCACACCUAAAGUGUCUGGAGCCAACGACUGUAAUGCCAUUGCUUUGGCGGCUGGGAUUCCAAAGGAAGAGUGGCGGUGUUAGAUAAUCCCGUCACGCCAAUCCGUGAGACAAUCGGUAUGAAAGAUAUGUCAGUGGAAGUAAAAAAUACUGGUGUAGCCUUGCGAGUUACACCAAGGGAAUAAGCAGCAGGUGUAGGUGAAGGCCCGUAGAGUAGCGUAGGCAUUACACUUAGGGGGUCAUUCUGAGUUGUUCGCUGUGUAGCGAUCAGUGAAAAAAAUGGCUAAUAUGCGCAUGCACCGCAAUGCGCACGCGCGUCGUAAGGGUACGAAAUCCUUUGCGGUUUUGCACUGGUUAUAGCGACGAUUCCAAUCGCACAGCCGAACACAAGGAGAUUGACAGGAAGAGGGUGUUUCUGGGUGUGUUUGGAAAAACGCAGGCGUGGCCAGGCAUUUACGGGGCGGGUAUCUGACGUCAUUACUGUGUCACUCGUCGCAGCAAUCAUCGCAUAGGAUAAGUAACUACAGGGCUGGUCUUGUUCUGUACAAAAUGUGUUUGUAGGCGCACUGCUGCACAGGCGUUCCCACUCCUGCAAAUCGAAAAUACACUCCCCCGUGGGCGGAGACUAUGCGUUUGCGCUGCUAAAAACUGCUAGCGAUCGAUCAACUCGCAAUGACCCCCUUAAUACAAUGCUAAUGCAUCUAAAAUAAAUACACCGGUUCCACAGGCCUCGAAAUCCACCAGUUCACGUCCGUGGUUUUGUCUUACAUUGUUUUGUGGAAACGUACGUAAAUAAUGUGUAUGCACUGUUCCGCAGAUAUGUAGCAACCGCUGAGUUGUAGCAAGAUGUCGGCAUUGCAACGGGCAAAUCGUCUGGGCGAGUGCACGUAAACCGCCCCUGCUGUAGCCUCAGGGGGAAUUCAAUUACCGGUGAAUCCUUUGCGGCAGCAGGAUCUCACACAGACGUGUUCGAUAUCACAUAGGGUAGCGGUCACUUUUGUGCAAAUCGGGCAGUCGGACGGGCGAAGGGUGUGAGAUAGGGAGUCGUUGCCGGCAUUUAAAUGCUGUGUCAACGGCAAUUCGCAAUCUUCACCGGCAAUUGAAUCCCCCUCAUAGACUGAAGGGAUGAUGGUGUAGAGCAGACACAUUAGGAAUCUGUGAUCAGUAGUCCGCGCGGGCAUCUUCACCUAACAUGGGAUUCAUCAGGACGCAAAGAGCACUUGUUAUUUUAUUUUUACAGUGAUGUACAUCUGGCGUUCUAAGAUAAAUGUGUGCACGGGUGGUGGUUUUACUGGGGUAUGGGUCGUUGGGUCGUACUAGGUCAACAGGUGAAAAGGUCGACAUGAGUUUUUGGACUUUUUUUGGUGUCGUUUUCUUCGUAAAGUGACGGGGAACCCCAAUUACUGCACCGUGUUCGCUCGCCAUGCUUUGAGCAAGGUGCCUCGCUCUGCUACCGCUGCGCUCGGCACAGGUUACCGUUCCCAAUUGUAGUCCACGUGGAUCGUAAAGUAUGAAAAAGUCCAAAAAGUGACAAAUUUGAAAAACGCAUGUUGACCUUUUGACCUGUCGACCUUCAGUGGUCGACCUAACGACCGUAUCCCAUUUUACUGUAAGGGAGUAAUUUUUCCUCAGCAUGCCAGUGACUCUCUGCCAUGUAUAUGAGAAGAGUAUGAACACUCGUGGGUGCAAGAACAUAUGAACGCUGACCUUAUCUUCAUGUUUUAUUUUCUGACAUCAUGGCAUCAAAAUUGAUUUAUUCUGACAUUUUUACACCGACAGAAUACUUUGUAAUGCUGAAUAAUAAUUUAAAAAAAGUAAAGCUUUUGUUAAUUACAAGUAAUAAGAAUGACAAUAUAAUCAUCCCCUUACGCUAAUAUAUACCUUAAUAAAUUCCAGAGCAAAUACAGUAGCUGUCUUCAGAGGACAGGUCUGUGCAAGUUAGAGUGUUUCAAUUGAUUGCAUAUCAAAUGCAACUGUAUUUGAGAGUCCCCGUAGAUGUUAAAGAGCAUUUCUGAAUCAAGAGCUUCAUCAUGAAGUUCCCCUUUUAGAGCUCUGAAUUUUUUGUCCUCUGUAUAAUGAUCUGGUCAUAAGAAAUUGUGUCUCACAAUAUAUAAACAACACAGGUCUGGCACUCCAGAUAAAUAAUAAUGACCGAGCCCUUCACAAAAAAAAAUGGGUCAAAUGAGCAAACGUCAGAAGGUUGAAAAGCUAUGACGAAUGUUUCAGUGUUAUUGAUACACUGUGUCAAUAACCCUGAAACGUCGAUCAGAGCUGUUCAGCCUUCUGUCAUAAUUAUACAACUUCAACUUUCAGCAGCGACGUCUAACUUUCCAUGAUCCCAGUGAUGCUCUUACAUUGUAUAAGAUAUAGAACAUGUAUGUAAUAGUAUAGCAAGAUAUGUUACAGUGGGGGCAGCACGACAGAAAUUACUGUGAUGAUUUUACAUAAUUUAUUUCAACAUUGACUGUAAUACAUUAUGUAUACACUUAUAUAUUUGACUAGUGUGUGUGUGUGUGUAUAUAUAUAUAUAGUCUAAAGUUCUCCUUUUUACACAAAUAAAUGUAAAAAGAAAA